UACCCCGGAUUCGGUGCUCCUUGAAUGUGACGUCACGCGAGAUGGAAACAUGAGCAACGUUGUGUACAAUCCCAAGGUUCCAGGCGAGCACGAAAUAUCGGUAACAGUCCGAGGGGAACAUUUACCCGAUAGCCCUACCUGCGUUAAUGUGAAGAAAGGUCAUGUCGAUUAUAAUGAAAAAGUGACCCGAUGUCUCACGUUCGCCCACCGGGGAAAAGCCCCGGGAUGUCUUGUCCAACCACGUGACGUGGCCGUAAGGAAUAAUGGUGAUAUAUUAGUGGCUGACACAUUGAACCAUCGCGUGCAAAUAUUCAAUUCAAAAGGAAAGUUCGUCGCAUGUUUUGGAGGGGGCAAAGGUCGUGGCCUCGGGCAACUAUCAUUCCCGUCAGGCAUUGCUAUAUCGCCUCACUGUCACGUGAUUGUGAGUGACCAUGGUAACCAUCGCGUGCAAAUAUUUUCUUCCAAUGGCGUGUUCUUGAGGUCAUUCGGUGGUCACGGGGACACUAAGGGAUUGAUGGAUCAUCCAACAGGGAUAGCGGUUGAUGAAGAGGGUCACAUUGUCGUAGUCGAUCAGUACAACCACAGAGUGCAGAUGUUUGACCAAAACGGUGUCUUUAUACGUCAAUUUGGUUGUUAUGGUAACAAAGAUGGCCAACUAGAUCGCCCUAUGUAUGUUGCAAUCACUCCAGAUGGCGACAUCGUCGUCACAGACUCGGGAAAUCAUCGGGUCCAGGUUUUCGACGUCGACGGCCGUCACCGGGAGACCUUUGGACAACGAGGUACAAAGGAUGGUGAAUUUUACAAUCCUACUGGUAUCACCAUCGAUGCCUCCGGUUACGUCGUCGUUUCUGACCAAACGGCUGGGAUUCAAAUUUUCAAACCGGAUCUUGAGUUUGCGAUGAAACUAGUACCGCGGUCAGUGGACAAACUGGAGAGUCCUAUGGGACUUGACUACACUCCUGAAGGCCAGAUAGUUGCUGUUGAUAAAGGACGCAGCAAUGUAAAAAUUUUCUACCCCGAAAAGUUAAAAUAACGAAGUUUGAACAUUUCUUUAAAAUAUGGGGGGAUCUUUGACCCUUCGUGUUGUCUCAGGCCCAAAAUUUCAUUAUUAUGAACUUUAAUCAUAAAGUUAUAGUUUUUAAAACUAGUCUAAUAUAUGAAAAAACCGUAAAAAUACUUUUCAUCAAUAUAACCUGUUACGAAUGAUAUCUUGCGAAUGGAUUUUUUUAAAUAUUUUUCUAGUUUUAGUUAGUCUUUAGUCGUUAGAAUUAUGAUGAACUUAAUUUAUCAUUAAAUAAUAUGUU